CUUGUACACCAUUUCGAAACUGACCUGCAUCUAAACCAAAAUGACCAAAUCCGCAUCUUUCGACGUGAUAGGCACCUGCUUCGACUUCACCCAUCCGAUUGAGACAAUUCACUCCCGCCUCGGCGACAAGCUCUCCACCGCGGCCGUCGACCCCAAGACACUUUUCUUUAGCUGGUUCUACGCAGCCCAGCGCGACUUUACCUACGUCAGCCUCGCAGGAUCCUACAAGCCGAUUGCCGAGAUCCUCAAACUGACCUUCCGACGCGCAUGCCGCGUUGUGGACCUCCCAGCCGAUGUAGUGACUGAUGAGGAUCUCGCAGAGCUGAUGAAAGCAUUCAAAGCCAUGAUUCCACGAACAGGACUAAAAGACUGUUUCGAUGGACUGCGAGAGGCAGGAUGGGAUGUGUAUGGCGUUACCAAUGGUGGCGUUGAAACUUCGUUGGGCUAUUACCACAACGCCAAUAUCGAUCUGGAUAGGGAACAUCUGCUCAGCUGCGAUGACUUGAAGAUCGCGAAACCAGAUGUACGGGUCUAUGAGAACGCAAACAGCCACCUGACCAGUCGCGGAGUAGGGAAGAAGGGCGAUGACGAAAGAUGGUUCGUGGCUGCGCAUGCCUGGGAUCUUAUUGCAGCGAAGAAGGCAGGAUUUAAGACAGCAUAUCUGGACUUUGAAGAGCAUGACCCCGUAACGGAAGUCUUUGGCGAGUUCGAUUUGUACGCGAAGGACAUGACGGAAUUGCUGGCAAAGCUGAAGGAGGUUGCAUAAGCAGUUAACCAAAAGUUGAGCCUCAAGAAGAUAUACAAAAGGAUCAAGCAUUGGCUGACAUGGAUGUUUAUAGCAUAAUUCAUCUUAAUAGUAGAAUACGCAAUGCUCGG